AUGGAGGAGAAAGUGGCGCCAGCGGCAGCAGCCGAAGGUGGACCAGGACAGGGGACAUCAUCGCUCAGCGAGAUAAAGUCGACUCUUCCAUCACAUCAUUUAGAUGCAGAAAAGAAAGAGCAUGGAGACGCUGAGAAAGAAAUCUCGGAAGGUUCAGUAACUCAUAGAGCAGUUACGGAUAAUCAAAAUAGUAGUGCCAAUGGCAUCGUACAGUCAGGAAGGGGAGAUGCAGAGAAACAAGAUAGCGAUUCUAGAGACCCCGUCAAUCAAACCGAAGAUGAGGACGAUCCGAAUCGAGAGGAUACGAGCAGAUACGUGAGGGGACUUCCCCUGAUUUUGCUGACAGCUGGACUCUGCUCGGCGACGUUCAUGAUAGCUUUGGACAACACGAUCAUCGCCACAGCCAUACCUGCCAUCACGACCUACUUCAAUAGCUUACCGGAUGUUGGAUGGUACGGCAGCUCAUACUUGCUGACAACGACGAGUCUGCAACCGACAUUCGGCAAGAUCUAUACGUACUUUGACGUCAAGUAUACGUUUAUCACUGCCAUUGUCAUCUUCGAAGUCGGUUCCGUCAUAUGCGCUGCUGCUCGCAACUCCCCGAUGCUCAUUAUCGGGAGAGCGAUCGCAGGAGUCGGCGCCGCCGCAAUCUUUUCCGGAGGGAUGAACAUCAUGGCGUACAGUGUAGCCCUCCGGCACCGAGCGAUCUACAUCGCCACCAUUUCUGCCAUGUUUGGUAUCUCGUCUGUUGUUGGUCCCAUCCUCGGCGGAGUUCUGACGGAUCGAGCGUCAUGGAGAUGGUGCUUCUGGAUCAACCUCCCCAUUGGAGGUCUGGCGGUGGCAGUCGUUUUAUUCUUCUUUCAGAACCCAAAACGGCAAUACCUUCAUAUGACCGUGAAGGAAAAGAUCAAGAAAAUAGACAUCCUUGGUGCCGUCCUCCUUAUUUCUGCCAUUACUUGUCUUCUACUGGCCCUGCAGUGGGGAGGGACAACGCAUCCCUGGAAAGAUUCUCGAGUAUGGGGCUGUCUACUUGGAUUUGGUCUCAUCAUAAGCUGCUUCAUUGCUUUGCAGAUCUAUCUCGGCGACGAGGGCACCCUUCCACCGCGUAUCAUUGCGAAACAGCGGACCGUCCGAUCUGCUGCGCUUCUCUCAAGCUUUCUAGCGAUGGGACUAUACACUCACAUAUACUACCUACCUUUUUACUUCCAGGCCAUCAAGGGAACAUCCGCAGAAGACUCCGGGAUCAGAUGUAUAUCGUAUCUCGUGAGUAACACGAUUGCUUCAAUCAUAGUAGGCGGAGCUGUGACCAUUCUCGGCUACUACACCCCAUUUCUAUGGGUGGGAACAGCGCUAUUCACGAUCGGUUCCGGAUUAUUGUUCACUCUCAAAGUGGAUUCUCCAGCGGGGAUCUGGAUUGGGUACCAAAUACUGGCCGGUGCCGGUGCUGGUGCAGCAGUCCAGAUCCCCUUUAUCGCUGUUCAAGUCGUUCUUCCGCUAAAGGACAUGCCCAUUGGCAAUGCAACCGCGAUCUUCUUCAACAGCUUGGGUGGAGCGAUUUCCAUUUCCAUCGCCCAAAACAUCUUCCUGAACUCUCUCCUCAAAGAAGUUCCUCGAUUCGCGCCCGGCGUGGAUCCGCGGAUCCUGUUCGACGUAGGCGCGACAAAUGUACGACAAAUCGUCAAUUCAUUCGCCCCCCAGCUGCUGGAUCAGGUCCUGGUCGCGUACAAUAAGGCCAUCACCACUUCUUACAUCCUGCCGAUCGCAACGGGCGGCUUGGCGUUUCUGAGCAGCUUAAUGUUCGAGUGGAAGAGUAUCAAGGGUAAGAGUUUGAUUCCAGGGGUCGCGGGAUAG